AGCUUCCUUUCUGCUUCUCCUCUGGUCUCCGGCAGAUCGCGUUUCUGUUUCUGAUGCGUGAUUGGAAAGAUAAACACUCUCGUUGAUCGUUGUAAACAAAGAACGUGUACUCGUGCUGACUGACGGGAGUAACAUGCCGGAAAGAGGAGGUCAGUGAGCCCACUGUCUCUACUAGUCCUAGUCCAAUUAUAAAAUCGGCCCGCUUGCCUCCUUCUCCCCUGGUGGAUCUUUAAUUCGGGUUACUCAGAGAGGGAUCCACAGCAAAAGAAGGGAAAGCAUCAAACAAAACAAAAACCAACCAGUUCCAGCAAGUACAGAUGAACCAGUUGUGAACCGGAUGGAAAAGACUUUUACCACUAUGAAGCAGCCCAGAAGAUGCCAGAGCAUUGACAGUGGAGACAAAAGCUUCACAUGCGAUCAGUGUGGAAAGGCUUUCACUUCCAAAAAUAACUUAAAAAGACAUCUGGUCAUUCACACUGGAUUUAAACCAUUCAGCUGUGAUCAGUGUGGAAUGGCUUUUACUCAGAAUAGCAGCUUAAAAGAACAUCAGCUCAUCCACACUGGAUUUAAACCAUUCAGCUGUGAUCAGUGUGGAAAGACUUUCACCGGGAGUAGCGGUUUAAAACAACAUCAGCUCAUCCACACUGGAUUUAAACAGUUCAGCUGUGAUCAGUGUGGAAAGACUUUCACCUGGCGUAGUGGUUUAAAACAACAUCAGCUCAUCCACACUGGAUUUAAACCAUUCAGCUGUGAUCAGUGUGGAAUGGCUUUUACUCAGAGUAGGAACUUAAAAAGACAUCAGCUCAUCCACACUGGAUUUAAACCAUUCAGCUGUGAUCAGUGUGGAAAGACUUUCACGGGGAGUAGCGGUUUAAAACAACAUCAGCUCAUCCACACUGGAUUUAAACCAUUCAGCUGUGAUCAGUGUGGAAAGACUUUCACCUGGCAUAGUGGUUUAAAAAAACAUCAGCUCAUCCACACCGGAUUUAAACCAUUCAGCUGUGAUCAGUGUGGAAUGGCUUUUACUCAGAGUGGCAGCUUAAAAAAACAUCAGCUCAUCCACACCGGAUUUAAACCAUUCAGCUGUGACCAUUGUGGAAUGGCUUUUACUCAGAGUGGCAGCUUAAAAAAACAUCAGCUCAUCCACACUGGAUUUAAACCAUUCAGCUGUGAUCAGUGUGGAAAGGCUUUCACUUCCAAACGUAACUUAAAAGGACAUCAGGUCAUCCACACUGGAUUUAAACCAUUCAGCUGUGGUCAGUGUGGAAAGGCUUUUGAACUGAAGAACAGGUUAAUAAACCAUCAACUAAUCCACCCAAUCAUCCAUCCAUCUUCCCCCGCUUUAUCCAGGGCUGGAUCGCGGGGAACACCAAUUCGUUCCCAGUCCAGCCGUGAGACAUAAUCUCCUCAGCGCGUCCUGGGUUUGCCUCGCAGCCUCCUCCCAGUGGGACAUGCCCGGAACACCUCACUCAGGAGGCACAUCAACUGGCUCCUUUCGAUGUGGAGGAGCAGCGGCUCUGCGACUCUGAGCGCCCCCACCCCCCCCGGGGAUGGGAUUACAUCAAUUCUGAGCCCCUUCUUGUUUUCAGUAGCGACGGACAGACUGACAUACGAGGUCAGUUAAGAGUCUCUGUUGAAUAUCUUGUUUGCAGAUGAUAUUGUAAUCUAUAGUAGGAAUAGGAAUCAGGUGUAAGAGAACCUGGAGAGGUGGAGGUAUGCUCUGGAGAGAAGAGGAAUGAAGGGAAGGGAAAUAACAUGCCUAUCUUAAGCUGGCAGCCAGCAUGUAGAAAGACUUUCUCUGAAUUGUUGAUAUUAGUUUCUUACAUUUUCUGAUU